AUGGCGGCGGGCUCGCAGUCGUCAGCUUGUAGCGCAGAGUCAGUGAGGCUGCCGCGGACGCCGCCGCUGAAGGUGCUGGCGGAGCAACUGCGGCGUGACGCGAAAGGCGUCCCGGGCGCGUGGCGGCUGUGGCGGGCAGGCCGCGGGCCGCUGGAGCUGGCAACCGUAUGGAUGCAGGGCACGGUGGUGGAGGCGGGCAGCGGCGAGGCGCGGCUGCGGGACCCGAGCGGGGCUUUCACGGUGCGCGGCCUGGAGCGGGUGCCGCGCGGGCGGCCCUGCCUGGUCCCAGGGAAGUACGUGAUGGUGAUGGGCAUGGUCCAGGCUUGCAGCCCUGAGCCAUCCCUUCAGGCUGUGAAGAUGACUGAUCUUUCCGAUAAUCCAGUCCAUGAAAGCAUGUGGGAGCUGGAAGUAGACGAUUUACAAAGGAAUAUCCCUUAG